AUGAGAACACCAUCGGGCCCUCCAGGUUUCCUUAGGUUACCGGAAACAAAGCCAGACUGUUCCAACAGUGAAGAAGCCCCGCGGGAGGGAUCAGGUGACGGUCUUGUAACUUUUGAUAAUUUCAGGGUGAAAAAAGAGUUUAUUUGCAAGUACUGUGGUCGUCAUUUCACGAAGUCUUACAACCUGCUGAUUCACAAGAGGACGCACACGGACGAGAGGCCGUACUCCUGUGAGAUUUGUGGAACCUUCAGGAGACAGGAUCACCUGAGAGAUCACAGAUAUAUUCACUCCAAAGAAAAACCUUUUAAGUGUGAAGUCUGUGGAAAAGGAUUCUGUCAGUCAAGAACCUUAGCUGUUCACAGAACCCUGCAUAAAGAGCAAACAGUUACGCAGUUGGCGUCAACGACUACAUCAUCUGGGGCCAAGGACACAGCUGUCGGAAUGAAGUCUAGAAAUUUAUUACGCUGCGUGCCAGCCCCCAUGACAGUUCCGAUUUUGUCCCCCUCUAGCGGCCAACCACAGAAGCGAAGUGUGUGAAGGAAGAAACGAUCAGAUACAAACCAGGACUCCCAUAAAAUAGCGCUCUGCGCCGAAAAGAAAAGAAAAGAAAGGCAUUCGAAUGGCGAAAGCAUUUGGUUCUUGGCGUUUCCCGUAUGUAAGCAUUUGUUGCAGCAAUUGCAGAGUGCAGAGUGCAGAAUGCAGAGAGCAGCUGAUCUGUACAGCUGAGUUACGCCAUGCAACGUCUCCUGUAAACAGACCCAAUGACAUCAUUCCUUUUCUUACCAAAACGGAAGUACUUCACAAGUGACGCGUGUUUUAGCCAAUGGUGCUCUUUUUUUUUCUUUUUUUAUUGUAAGUGGUUGAUGAGAUUUCAUUGUGUUUUGAGAACAUCGAUGAUGGUGAAAAAAUUUUGAAAAUGUCGAGACGAUAUGAAGAAGAAUCUGAGUUCCGUUGAAAUUUGUUUGUUAAUUUGUGGACUUGUUAUUAGUAUUUAUUAUCAUUUAUAUAGUCUAUAUGUUACAUUAUGUCGCCUAAUUAUUUCCAUGUACUGUUGACAUGCAUAUCAUUCUCAAGCCUAAUUUUAAAUAUGCAUUUCAAAUAAAAAUUGUAUCGAGAUAUCCUAUUUCAGUUUUGGAGCCAAUGUAUUCAAACAGAGUACACAAAAAAUAAUUGUUCAAAAUAUAUAUCACGCGAAGGUCAAAUCGCAGUCAUAACAACUGUUUUAAAAGAUAGAACUACAUGCACUAGUAUUAUUAUAAAAGUGCCGUAUUAGUAAAUAAGACAACUUUUCAUAACUAUGCCAUCAAACACAAAUCAUUCAAAUAUUUAAGUAAUUUCAAUCUACGAUUGUUUUUGACAUGUCGAAGCCUGACUCAGACAACGAUUAUUUUCGCCUGUGCCAUAUGUUGAUAUCUUUUUAUUACAUCUUUCCUUUGAAAUGUUUUUUUUUUUAAAUUUACGAACAUGUUUAUGAGUUGACAGUUGUUUAUUGAUAUGUCUAUAUACAGCCAAUAAAAAACAAUGCA